AUGAGCGCAAGCCCGAAUGAGGUCCAAGAGCUUUACAGAGCUCACAGUCCCAAAGAAGAAGAGCCCAAAACGGCCAAGAAUUUCAAAAGAACUUAUAUUGCCUGUCUUAAUUGCCGAAUUCGGAAAGUCAAAUGUGAUUUGGGGAACUUCAGUCAUCCUAAAAGCCGCUGCGCCCGCUGCGAGCGAGAACGUCGUGACUGUGUAUUUGUGGAGCUGAAAAAACGAAGUGUGCUGAAGGUUCGGGAGGAUAAGUCCAAGGCGUCAAACAAUCUUGAUCAUGAACGUCCUCGAAAGGAUGAUGAGCCUAAACAUUUCCUGAGCAUGGAAGGAGCCAUGGUGUUUCUAACCAAUGCAGCAGGCAAGAUUGCUGCAGUGGAUGAAAGAGACAAUAUCAAUGCACAGCUCAAACAUGAGCAACUCGAGAAAGCUCCUGGCUUCGUGAGAAAAGAAAGUUACUCCAAGAAUGAAGCAGGACCUCCAGCUCAGGACUCUGAGUUUCGACGCACGUCUAUGAACUCUUCAUACACUAGUUUGCUGAAUCUGGAUGCUCCAACACCACAUGAGGCCAAUCCGCCUCUCUCAAUGGUCUCCCUGAUACCUCCCUACAUCAACAAACCCAUCAAUAGAAACACACGGUUGGCCAUGCCUCCCGCAGAGAGUGCCUUCUCUGUGCGGCCAAGAGGCUCCAACGCCUUGGAUGAUAUCGAUUACAUCGGGGAAGACGGCAUUUUGACCCAGUCUGAGGCAGAAUAUUUGAUCAACAUGUUUUUUUCCACGAUGCAUCCGUUUUUCCCCCACAUCCCCAAGUUUUUGCACCUGCCCAAAGUGCUUUCCGGGUAUCCCAUCUUGCUUUGUGCUAUUCUCACCAUUUCGUCUCGAUGCCAUCCACUAGCGACCCGGAAUGCUGAAGGUGUAGCCAAGAACAUCGAGAUCCACGACCGCCUCUGGCUCUACGUUCAGCGAUUGAUUUCGCAGACAGUCUGGGCUGAGGCAUCUACACGGUCCAUUGGCACGGUGUUUGCGUUUUUGCUCUUCACAGAAUGGAAUCCAAGGGCCAUCCAUUGGAGAUGGUCUGACUACGCCAAUAAGGCAGACGAUGCCACGGAAACAAGAGCUCCAGACAGUACAGAAACCGGAUUUGGCAAUGCAUCUGGCGGCAUCUCAGGAAAUUUUGGAGAGCCCGCUGGUUUGGGUGCUAUGAGGAGAUCGUACAGAAUGGCAUGGAUGCUUAUAGGAUCCGCGGUGAGACUCGCUCAAGAUACUGGGUUCAUGGAGCUCAGCCUGAAAACCUUUUUGGCUACACAUACUGCGGAGAUCAACAGUGUGAUGAAUAUGAGUCGAAGAAGUAUGUUGGGCCAUUCCCUAGCAGAGGUGGACUUGGAUAACGUUGAUAUCUCCGAGGAGGAUAUGGAGCAACGUGAAGACAAUGAGUACCGUGUCCUCAACAUGCUGGAGGACGAACAGAAACGCAUCUAUGGCGAAUAUGAGCUCCAUUUCACGGAAGCUCAACGAGCACAGAUCGAGCUCCUCCAAAUCACCUCGUUGGGACACGAAUCACUUUAUGGAUACAAAGCUCAACUCGGAUCCCUAAGCCAGCGACAGAAUCUUUCGGUGCUCAACAUUAUGAGUCCAAUGAUCAAUAACUGGGGACGCAAGUAUAAGAAGUUUCUUGUUCCGUCUAAUGCAAAAAUCACCAGAAAGUAUACUCCGGAAGCACUCGAGGACCCCGAAUCUCCAAUAUCAACUCAGUUAGCUGCGCUCAUUCAGAACGAGUCAUUCAUUUUGGAAUUCAACUAUACCAAGUUGUACAUUUAUUCGUUGGCAUUGAGUCCAUCGCCAAAGUCUCGAAAAUCCUUCAAAGACGGCAAGGUGACUCUCAAAUUGGAUGAGAUCUCAAAAAGCGCAAAGUACAUUGAACAGGCUUUCAAUGCUGCCAACGAUAUUUUGUCAAUGGCACACAGAGUUCACAAAUUGCAAAUGUUAAGAUAUAUGCCUGUGAGAUGGGUGACUCGAAUAGUUAAAGCUGUGGCAUUUAUUGUGAAAUGUUAUUUAACAAUCACAGCACAUAAGUCGUCAGGAUUAAAGGCUCCAAGUCUGAGCGUGGAUAAUUUCGAUUCUACAGUCUUGUCUCUUUCGCUUAUUUCGGUAGAGGAGAUUGCACUGAGUAUUCAAAAGGCAGCCAUCACAUUGCGAGAUUGUUCUCCCGACGAACUCCACCUUUGUACCCGGUACUCCAAUGUUUUAAUGUACCUAUUUUCAGAAAUGAAGACCAAACUCAAGGGCAACGUCCAGAAUGAGCAGUCCAGUGUUGCGGACGAAUCCACCACACAAGAAGAUAAUACAAAUAGCCAGCAGUUCCAAAACGGCGACUUCACAAAGGGACCUGCCAUGGGAGGUUUCGAAGCGACACCAAUUGACCAGGCACCCUCCAACCCGCAAUUUAUGGGUGACAGUGAGGUUAUGGACUGGUUUGCGAAUAAUUCAAACAUAGGUCUUGACUUCGUCGGCCCAUGGACAGAAUUGAUCGAACAACAUCUUGAAUUCCAACUGUUUUCUUUUGAUGACGGCCUUUCAUUUAAGUGA